AUGACUGAUACAUACGAUCCACUGGAUUUCGAAUUUGAAGAGCCCAUUCGUAUCUCUCCUUCUGUCCCCAAUAAAAAGAAGAAAGUUAUAGGUUUGGAUGAUCUCUUGGAGGAUCACGCAAAGGAGCAAAAGAGGAUCAAUGAAAGAAAAUCCAAACGAAAAAAGAUAAAAAAUGCUUCUGAUUCAGAGGAGGAUGAGGAUGCUAGAGAAAAAGAACUGUCGAAGUGUGUUGAUAAAUGCCAAAAAGAGAUGGAUCAAAUAAACGAUGACGAUGAAAUGCCAUUGUGGGGUAUUCAAGUCUUUGGAGAUCAGAGAACAUUUCCAGCUUUGGAACAUCCAGAGCCAAGAAGUUGUUUUAUUUUGCAGUCUAUCAUGAACAACAAGCUCAAUUCACUGGUAGAACUUACGAUUGAGAAAGGAGAACCUUUUCUUGAAGGGUUGUUGGUGGAUGGCUGGCUCUUGAAGCUGAUCUUUACACAAGGUCAAGUUGAAAAAUCCAUCUCAACUUGGAUAUUUAAUUUGAUGUUAUAUUCAUCAAAGGAAUGGUUGAGGAAAGCUGCCUGUGAGUUUUGGUGCUCCAUUCUCUCACCUGAAGUUGAGGCCAGUUCAUCUGACAUCAAAAUUGACUGGUUACCUAGCUAUUCAGAUCUGAAAAGAGCUCUUGACAUAUAUGGUUAUCUUCUGGACUCACCUUCUAAGUGUUCGCCUGACAUAGAUAUGAUCCAUGCUGAUUCUGAUACAGCAGGACCACCGCAAAAUAUUAGAUUUUGGAUAAAAUAUGUUGCUGCCUGUUGCCAAGUUAGGAAUACCCAUAUAAUUUUCUCGACUUCGGAAGCAGAAGAUUUUCUCGGGGUGAUCAUUAGUCUCUUCCUUGAUCGACAACUUUUGGGCUUGAGUAUGAUAUUGAAUGCAUGCAUGUAUUCGGUUAUAAGUUUCUUCAAAGAGGAGGAAUGGCAUGACAGUUGUGAGAGAGUCACAAAAUCGCUUGGUUGCAGAUUGCCUAGGGAUAUCAAUUGCUUGAGAACGGUUGAGAGUAUAUCAGGAAGCAAUGGACGAAGUAAACACCUGCGAAGUGCAGUGGCAAAACAAUUUCUAAUAAGAUGCUUGCAGGAGAAGGAAUGUGAUGCAGAGGAUAUCCUAAGAAUGCUAAUCUCAAUUAAUGUGAAGGACAAGAAUUGUGAUCUUUCCAAGAUGUACAUAUACUUGGCAUUUGCAAGGAAGUUCAAGGCUGAAUAUGAGUCGAAACAAAAGGUGAUAGCUAAGGAAGAAGUUCUAGUCAUUUCAUCAGCGUUGACAGAGCUGAAGUAG